CAUCCAAUCCCAUCCACCCUUGUAUAAGCAUCUCUCGCCAAACGCAAGAAAAUGCGAAAAACAAAAUCAAUCAUGGUUCCCAAAGGUGCAAAGAACACGCUUCUAGAGCGACCUUGGUUCAUCGUGCUGGCUCUAGCUGGUCUUAUAGGUGGCGCAGUGCUCAUCACAAGUUUCAUCCGAGCUACGGACAACACUUUAUCACUAUGUUCCACGGCUGAAACAACUGCAAAAUCCAUAGCCGAAUACACAGCCACACCAAUCCAGCUCCAAUCCAUCGUCCAUUACGCAACCUCACGCACCGUCCCUCAACAAACCUUUGCGGAGAUCUCUAUCUCCUUAGAAGUCCUUAAGGACCGUUUACCUUGCAAUUUUCUUGUCUUUGGCCUCGGUCGUGACUCCCUCAUGUGGGCCUCCCUCAAUCCAGGUGGCACCACUGUGUUCAUGGAGGAGGAUCCUGAGUGGAUCGAGGCCGUUCUCAAGGACGCACCGUCCCUAAGAGCCCACCAUGUUCAGUAUCGGACCCAACUUUCUCAAGCGGACCGUCUUCUCAAAACCUACCGGUCUGAACCCAAAUGUUUACCAGCCAACGCUUUCCCGAUCCGGGACAACGAAAAGUGUCCAUUGGCGUUGACUUCACUUCCUGAUGAGUUCUAUGAUACCGAGUGGGAUCUGAUCAUGGUGGACGCACCAAAAGGAUACUUCGCAACUGCGCCAGGGAGGAUGGCAGCCAUAUUCUCCUCAGCUGUCAUGGCUCGUAACCGGAAGGGUGCAGGCACGACUCACGUUUUCCUUCAUGACGUUGACCGCAAAGUGGAGAAAGCUUACGCCAACGAGUUCCUAUGCGAGAAGUACAGAGUCAAAUCUGCUGGUAGGCUCUGGCACUUCGAAAUACCCAACGCUGCUAACAUGAGCGACCAGCCGGGGGAUCGGUUCUGCUAGAUUGCUCCGAUAUGCAGUCAGUUCAUGGUUACUUUUUUUUUUACAUUAAACACCGCAUACAACUAUCCAAAGGCUUCUCAUUAAAAUAAAAUCAUGUAUCCAAAGGCUUCUCAGCGCAUACAACUAUUGCUAUUACUCUUUGUUUUUGUAUGGUGUGCUGUAGAAAAUUAUUGAAUGAAAGAUCUAGGUCUUUUUGACUUGAA